AUGGUACCAGACAUAAAGCCCAAAGACGCCUAUCUAAUUGACGCUCUGAUUGCGCUUGCUAACAUCGUGUACCUGACCGAAACAGUGGAGAAGAACAGCUCGGAGAGCUUAAACUGCAGCGAGUCUCCGUUCAUACCGUGGGCAUAUGGCGAACCUGUCAUGGAAGGGUUACGAAAGUUGAAAUCCUCGGGCUUGACUGGGGAACUAUAUUUUGAUGCGGAUGGAUACAACGGGAAUACAGAGCACGAGAUUCUCUCCUUACGCCCAGUAGACAAUUCUACGGACUUUAUCCCUGUGGGCUCAUGGAACCAUGCAACAGGCCUUCAGGUGGACAUGGAAGUGUUUCGCUACUCAGCGCGAGGCUUCAAUAAUGUGACAUUUAUCAUCGGCACCAAGGAGGCCGUACCAUUUGUCCGAGUUAACACGUCUGAUGAAGGAAGAGUCUAUGACGGGUUUUGUGUGGAUAUAUUAAAUGAACUCGCACUUCAGCUCAACUUUAGGUACCGUCUUGUCGAGCCUCUGGACAGUCAGUGGGGUUCCCAGGAGAAAAACGGCUCAUUUAACGGUAUUGUAGGCAUGGUAAAUCGCAAGGAACUAGACUUUGGAAUUGGCCCCUUCGGCAUCACAGCUGAGCGUGAGCGAGGGAUUGACUUCACCACUCCGUUUAUGGAGGACGGAAUUGGCAUUGUGAUGAAAAGGCCGACAGAACAGUCUAACAAGUUGUUCCGUAUGUUCCAGCCAUUCAAUGGUUACGUCUGGUUAGCCAUCGGGGCCUCAGUUACCGUCAUAGGGCUCGGAUUAUUUUUCCUCAACAGGCUUACUCCACCACCUCUCGAUAGCGAUGCUAGUGGGCGAGACAGCUGGAAAUAUGGUUUUAAGGAAAGUCUCUGGCUUAUCUUUGCAUCAUUGAUGGAACAAGGGGGUGAGAGUCAUCCAAGGGGUGUUUCUAGUAGGAUGAUCCUAGCUUUCUGGUGGCUCUUCACCAUCCUCAUCGUGUCCUCCUACACAGCCAACCUGGCCGCCUUCCUCACCGUCACUAUCUUGGACAAACCCAUAAACACGCUGGAGGACCUGGCUAACAACGACGAGAUCACUCCCCUCGUGAAGACAGGCACUAACAUAUACUCAUUGUUCAGGGCCGGUACGACAGAUGUCUAUCGUGAGAUCUGGCGGAAGAUUCAGGACGGGCCGAGACUGACGGAUAAUGUCGAGGCGUAUGAAUAUGUUCGAUCUGGAGAAUACGCCUUUAUGGUGGACAAAGCUCAACUGGAGUACCUUGUCAAAAGGAAUUGUCAAACGUUCAUGUUAGCAGAGGAAUCUUUCAACAACGCCGGUGUCGGGUUUGUUUUCCCGGAGGAUUCUCCCAUGGUUGACGACGUGUCAUUCCAGAUUAUUCGGAUGCAGGAAGCUGGCCUGAUCGAGCGUUGGAGACAAAAGUGGUGGCCCACCAGUGACACCUGCGACACUUCCGGUCCAGCUAGUCAGGCCAAGCGCCUCGGUCUGGACAGUACCGGGGGACCAUUCAUUAUUUUUGCUAUAGCGGCUUCGUUGGCGUGUAUCUGUUUGCUUGUGGAGGUGAUACUGCCACAGAGCAGUCUAUCAGAACAAAUUUCCUUCCAACAAUAA